UGAGCCUUUACCAGCGCAUGCGCACUCUGUCCAAGAAGCCCUAUCUGUGCUGCUGAUGAGUGAUUCUGAUUCUGUAUUUGGCCAUGGAUCCAAGUGCUGCCCAAGGAGAAAAGAACACACUCUCCGAGACCAUGAAGGCAAAGAUUGAGAGGAACCGUCAGCGGGCUUUGAUGCUCAGGCAAGCUAGACUGGCGAACUGGCCCUACCCUUCUCCUGGCGAAGGCAGCUCAAAAGUUAAAGUACCUUCAAAGACAAUAGAUACAGGAGGGGGUUUUUUUCUGGAGGAGGAAGAGGAAGAAGAGACAAAACGACACCAAACUGAGAAAAUUGUGCAUCCUCCUGGUCCAGUAUUAGAAUUUGAUUAUCUGAUCUGUGAAGAAUGUGGAAAGGAAUUCAUGGACUCUUAUCUCAUGAACCAUUUUGACCUGGCAACAUGUGAUAAUUGCAGAGAUGUUGAAAACAAACAUAAACUCUUAACAAGGACUGAAGCAAAGCAAGAGUAUCUUCUCAAAGACUGUGAUUUAGACAAGAGAGAGCCAGUGCUUAGAUUCAUUCUGAAGAAAAAUCCUCAUAAUCCACAUUGGGGUGACAUGAAACUUUAUUUAAAACUACAGGUAAUUAAGCGCUCCCUUGAAGUUUGGGGUAGUGAGGAAGCAUUAGAAGAAGCCAAAGAGAACCGCCAAGAUAACAGAGAGAAGAUGAAACAGAAAAAGUUUGACAAAAAAGUUAAAGAAUUACGACGAGCUGUAAGAAGUAGUUUAUGGAAAAAAGACACAAGUAUCCAUCAACAUGAGUAUGGAGCUGAAGAAAUGAUAGGCGAUGAUACGUACAGAAAGAUCUGCAGCACAUGUGGUCAUGAAUUAACCUAUGAAAAGAUGUAGUACGGCUUGGAUUUACAUUCAGUGCAUUUUUGUAUUCAAGUUUUUAUGUAAUGGAUCACGUUCUUUGUGACCUAUUUUGCAUACCCUAACCAUUAUCCAGAAAUAACUGAAAAUCUGACAGAAAAGAGGCAUAAUAAGCAUCCUUUUAUAAAAAAUGUUACAUUUAUUGAAUAAUAAAAAUAUUUAACUGUAUAAUACUUACACAGUUAAAUGCUUAUCUGUAUCACUGCAUGCAUCUUAACAUUUUUCAUAUAUAUCUACAGUAGUUUGUGGGUUAGAAAAAAGACUUUCCAAUUUUGAAGCUCAUACACAUAUACACUGUAGAAUAUAGAGAAGAGGAAACACACCCUUGCACUUGGUUCUAGCAACUUUAUCACUGUGGAGAUAGAGGCUGCAUCAAAGAACAUAAUAUACCAAAGUGUGUGGUUUGUGUGGUUUUGAUUUAGUGUUAUUUCCACAGUCACAGACCUGUCAGCCCCAAAACUUCAGACUGAGCUAUCGAUUGCCAUGGAGAAUGCUACUGGGAGGGUUGAAGAUUUGCUGACCAAGUUAAUUUGAGACCCUGUAGGCUAGAGCAGUAUGUAGUUUAAACUACUACUAUUACUAGGUAGGGAGACAAUCAGUGGUGAGUUUCAAAUCCUCAUGCACGCGCACCAUGUGUGCACACACGUGCAAUGCGCGCAUGCAUCUUAG